GCACUGAGCAUGCUCCAAUGGUGUAUUUGUCCGUCCCUUCUCCACACAUCCUCUUCACCUCAUCAGCAUCCCAGCCAUCAGGAUAUAUCAUACAGCCCAACACCAGACACAUACCUAAGAGAGAAAGCAGGCAUUGUUAGCAGCAGUGAAGGAUGAAAAAAGAUGCUUCCUCACGCUCAUCUUCCCCUGACAUCGCUUGACUUGGCAUUUGUUAAAAUGUCUUUACAUCUCAGCCAAUGGAAGGAGAAGAAAGAAGCACCAACGACGAAAAGGGAAGGAGACAAGAUGGAUGGAGAAAAGAGAAGAUGAUGCAAGAGAGGGAUGAAUGGUGGGAAAGAAUAGAAGAAAAGAGAAUACGAGAGAGAAAAUCACCUCACUGCAUCCAUGGUAAGCACCCCACUGUCCAAAUGGAAACUAGCAGCAAUAACAUCUGCUCCCUGUGGAGUCUACAUGAACUAUGCAGAGGGUUUGAUGGCAUCAAACAUUCCCACUUCCCCUCAAGAGACAGCAGUCGAUUUCCAAGAGAUGGGUCUUCAGGAUAAACUUCUGAGAAAACCCACCAACCAGCCAAUUACGGUGAUUACAGAUUCAGUUUUUGUGAGAGAAUGUCUGUGACGCUGCAGUGUCCCGGUUAUCCCGAGGACACACUGCGCUCUCUGGCCGAGAGACUGCCGUGCAGAGAGACACAGCUGGCCACACUGCUCGCACUCAUGGGACAGCCAGAUCAAUACAGUUAUCCUUCAGUCUUCAUCUAUGGCCACAGAGCAACAGGAAAGAGUCAUGUGGUGCUCUCCAUCAUGAAAGAUCUGGAGCUCCCCCAUGCGUCAGUGGACUGUGUUGAGUGUGUGUCCAGUGGGCUUCUCUUUCACCAGGUGUUGUCUGCCUUUUUUGGGCCCGAUGCUGCAGCAUUGCUUCCCCGUUGCCCAUCUCUGUCAGAUUUUGUGCGACUGUACAAACAGAUGAGCUCUAGUUCACCUGCCACUCAGACACGCUAUAUAAUUCUGGACAGAGCUGAACGGAUGAGAGAUAUGGAUUUCAGCCUGCUUCCUGCUCUUCUGCGCCUACAGGAGUUGGUAAAUGAUAAUGUGACCGUCAUCUUGCUCAGUGAAAUCGUGUGGGAAAAGUUUCGGCCCAACACUGGCUGCUUUGAACCGCUGCUAUUUCAUUUUCCAGAUUACAGUAAAGCGGAGCUUGUGCAGAUUCUGUCUUGGGAUCAUCACCCAUCCUACACACCUGAGCUCUACGCUUCCUACAUAAACAUCCUGCUGGGGGUCUUCUUCUCAGUAUGCAGAGAUCUAAGAGAGCUCAGGCACCUGGCUGUCCUGAAUUUCUCCAAGUUCUGUGAACCCCUGGAGAAAGGAGAAGCCAAAGAGAGCGAUAUUCACAAGUUAUGGAAAAACAUUGAGCCCCAUCUGCAGAGAGCCAUGCAGACGGUUUACCUCCGAGAGGUGUCCAGCGUGCAAUGGGAGCAGCAGCAGAUGGACGAGAAGGAGGCCACGACCCUCAGAGUUUUAUCAGCACAUGCUCACAUAGAGCUGCCAUAUUACUCCAAGUUUCUGCUCAUUGCUGCAUACCUGGCAUCCUUUAACCCUGCCCGCACAGACCGCCGCUUCUUCCUCAAGAGUCACGGGAAAAUAAGAAAGACCAAUUUCUUGAAGAAACAUGAGAAGACUAGUAACCAUCUGUUGGGACCGAAGCCUUUUCCUCUUGACAGACUGAUGGCCAUAUUCUACAGUGUGGUUGAUAGCAGGGUUGCACCCACAGCCAGUAUCUUCUCACAGAUUUCAUCACUAGUUACUCUGCAGCUUCUCUCUCAGGUGGGGCAUGAUGACCAGCUGGAUUCACCCAAAUACAAAUGUUCAGUUUCACUGGACUUCAUUCUUGCGAUCUCCAGAACUGUAGGCUUCGAUGUGGUGAAGUAUCUGUACGACUUCCUGUGAUCUUGCAGUGGAUAUGAACCAAGCAUCUAAUCGGACAAAAUCACAUGGAUGUGAAUAGACUGCAGGAUAAAAGAUGUUACAAGAACUUCAAUCAGAUGUCACCACAGGAAAAUACUCCCAGUUUAUACAAGAGACUCUUUCCUUAAAGGGAAAUUUGAUGGGGUUUUUUUUGUGAUAAUGUGUGACACAACUUAAUAUUGGUCUAAUAAAUACUGUAUAGUUUGUUACAA